GUGAAACAGUAUGGUAUUGCAAUGGAGUUGGGUGUGGUUGUGAGCAUUAUUUUAAGCGUUAUUGUGUUGGUCCAACAAGGUUGUGAGUCGAAGGUUGUCCAGUUCAUCUUCGGCGACUCCCUGUCGGAUGUUGGGAACAACCAGUACCUGUCUAAGAGCCUGGCCAAGGCUAACUUGCCAUGGUAUGGCAUUGAUUUUGGCAAUGGAUUGCCUAAUGGCAGGUUCUGCAAUGGCCGCACCGUAGCUGAUAUUAUAGGUGAUAAAAUGGAACUUCCAAGACCUCGAGCUUAUUUAGAUCCAUCAUUGUCCGAAGAUGUUAUUUUGGAAAAUGGAAUCAACUUUGCUUCUGGUGGCGGUGGGAUUUUGAAUGACACCGGUAACUUAUUUAUGCAGAGGUUUUCCCAUUACAAACAGAUAGAGCUAUUCCGAGGAAUCCAAGAACUAAUACGAGAAAAAAUUGGGAGCAAAGAAGCAGAGAGGUUUUUCCAGGAAUCGCAAUACGUGGUCGCAUUAGGUAGCAACGAUUUUAUCAACAAUUACUUGAUGCCAGUUUACCCCGCUUCUUGGAAGUACAAUGAUCAAACCUUCAUCCCUUUCCUAAUGGACACUCUCCGAUCCCAACUCAUUAUGUUGCACAGUUUAGGGGCAAGAAGAUUGAUAGUAUUUGGGUUGGGGCCAAUGGGGUGCAUUCCACUUCAAAGGGUUUUGAGUACCAGUGGAGGGUGCCAAGACAGGACAAAUCAACUAGCUAUGGCCUUUAAUGAAGGAGCAGCCAAUCUUGUGAAUGAAUUGUCAGCCACCCUUCCAAAUGCAAGCUUCAAAUUCGGAGAUGCCUAUGAUGUUGUCAAUGAUUUGAUUACCAAUCCAAACAAAUAUGGGUUUAGUAACUCUGACUCACCGUGUUGUUCGUUCGGGAGAAUCCGGCCGGCGCUGACGUGUAUUCCGGCGUCGACGCUGUGCAAAGACAGAAGCAAGUAUGUGUUUUGGGAUGAAUACCAUCCCACAGACAGCGCAAAUGAAUUGGUUGCAAAUGAGAUGAUAAAAAAGCUUGGGUUUUUGAAGGUCAAUGGCACAGAUAAUGCUUCUUCCCCUGGACCAGCCAUGCCUCCUUCCUCAAAUGAUUAAAUUAUUAUCCAACGUUUUUAUACAUUUCAAACAAAAUCUCAAGAAUUCUUGUUUGCUCAGCAAUUUUAUUUUAUUUUAUU